AUGAUGGACUUGACGUCGUCAGGCGAGUCGAUGGUGGUGGGCGACGCAGCUCCCCUGCCGCUGCGGAAGGGGAGCUGUGCCACAACGCCGUGGCGGUACGAGGGUCAUGUGGAUGUCGAGACCGAGCUACCGCACGGCCACGGCAUGCUGCUGUUUGCGUCUGGAGCGCGGUACGUGGGAUCGUUUGAGCAGGGAGAACGGAGCGGGUAUGGCGAGCUUGUGUGCGAGCAUGGGCGGUUUGUGGGCUCGUUUGCCGAUGACGCCUUUACUGGAUGCGGCGAUCACGAGGUGUGGGAGGACGAGAGCGGGUGCGAUCCGUUGGCGCCUGCGGUGCAGGCCGGGCGAUACCGCGGCGACCACCGCGGCGGGUUCCGGCAUGGCGCCGGUGUGUUCCAGCUUCCGAUGGAGGCCGGCGUGUACGACGGGUGGUUUGAGCGCGGCGAGUGGUCGGGACCCGGCUCGUUUGUUUCCGAGCUCGAUGGGAGCGUGUUCUCGGGCGUGUGGGAUGCGCCGCGGAGAGAGCUUCAGGCGAGCCGGCGGGCCCGGCCGCUUGGGUACGACAACGGAUGCGUUGGUCAGAUUGUGUACGGCAAUGGGGUGAUGUUCGAGGGCCGGUUUGAGACGCUGCAGCCGGUGUCGGGCGUGCUGCGCCUCGGUGACGGCGAGAUUGUCGACGGCACGUUUGCGAACGGGCGGCCGGUCGACGGCGAGUGGAUCAUGCCGGAGCUUGGUGUGAGCUACGUCGGGACUUUUGGAGGCCAUCGGUACGAUCUGCAUGGGUUUGGCACCCUUCGGUCGAUUCCGCGCGAGGCUGUCCUCUACGAGGGCGAGUUUGUGCACGGCGUGCCACAGGCGCGCGCCGUUCUCAUCUUUGUCCACAAGCCGUGGCAGGCGCAUGCCCGCUCGGACCUUGCUGAUGCCCUUAACCAACUCGGCGAAGAGUACAUGCUUCGGGACGUUGUCGCUGCCAUUGUCGACUUUGUCUCGGUCGCAUCCACCGACUGGGCCAUCGCCCACAUCAACGACCGCGACGAGUGCAAGACCGUCGCCAAUGCUAUCUCUUCGCUCCCCGCUGCAAAAGCCGGUAAGCUUCACGUCUGCAUCCGUCCUCUCCCGCACUGGUACGUCCUGCGGAACAUGACCAUCCUCCAUCGAUUCCCCGCAUAG